UGGACGGGACGCUUCUACAACAACGUCGAGUUAUUCACCUCCGUAGCUUUUAGCCAUCAUAAGCGAAAACAUUCAAGCUCUUUAAACGCUUUCGGUGUAUAUUAGCCACGGUGUUUUAAACACACUUGUCGUAUCUACUAGUUAGUUACCCAAUUUAAUAUAAUAUUUACGUUGUUGUUAGCUAACUGGCUGAGUAAAUGAGUAGUAGUGCUCGUCUAGUCACUAAUGCUAACUAGCUAUCUAGCUAACAUCCCAACCAUGAGUUCACUAAACGACUCCCCCACUUCUAAAGAGGAGGUCUGCUGGACGGAGAAAGAAACUCUGGGGCUGAACAUUGUCGUGAAAGAGGAGAAGGAAGAAGAGGAUGUCACAGUAAAACAAGAAACCGAGGUUGAGGCUGUUACAGUGAAGGAAGAAGAGAAAGAGGUUAAAUUGACAGGUGAAGACGCGUUCAGAGUGAAAGAGGAAGAGGAUGUUACAUUAAAAGAAGAGGAGGAUGUUACAGUAAAAGAAGAGGAAGAGAAAGAGGAGAUGACUGUCACAGUGAAAGAAGAGGAAGACGUUUUUGAAAUGAAGGAAGUGGAGGAGAUUACUGUCACAUUAGAAGAAGAAGAAGAGGAGACAGGAGAUCUGAUUAACAACAGAGAGAGACCAGUCUCUCCAUCUGACAGCAGAAAGAGUCCUUCAGGGGAACCAGACCCAGAGAAGAGUCCUUCAGGGGAACCAGACCCAGAGAAGAGUCCUUCAGGGGAACCAGACCCAGAGAAGAGUCCUUCAGGGGAACCAGACCCAGAGACCCCAGCGAGACAACACCACUGCUCCCAGUGUAAUUUGAGUUUUAAGUGGUUAUGGAAGCUGAAAGAACAUGAAAGGAAACACACUGGAGAAAAGCCCUUCCAAUGCUCCCAGUGUGGAAAUAGAUUCUCACGAGCACAUGACCUAAAAUCACAUGAGAGGACACACACUGGGGAAAAACCACACAAUUGUUCCCAGUGUGGAAAGCUUUUUUCCCAUUUAGGGAACCUGAACAAACAUAAGCGAAUACACUCUGGAGAGAAGCCUUACCCCUGUUCCCAUUGUGGAAAGAAUUUUAGGUCUUCAGAUAACCUGAAAGCGCAUGAGAGGACACACACAGGGGAAAAACCAUACCAUUGCUCCCUUUGUGGAAAGGAUUUUACCAAGUUAAGGAACCUAAAAGAGCAUGAGAGGAAACACACAGGAGAAAAGCCUUACGAAUGCUCCCAGUGUGGAAAGAGUUUUUCCCAUAUAGGGAACCUGAACAAACAUAAGAGAGUACACUCUGGAGAGAAGCCUUACCCCUGUUCCCAUUGUGGAAAGAAUUUUAGGUCUUCCGAUAACCUGAAAGCGCAUGAAAGGACACACACAGGGGAAAAACCUUACCAUUGCGCCCUGUGUGGAAAGGAUUUUACCAAGUUAGGGAACCUAAAAGAGCAUGAGAGGAAACAUACAGGAGAAAAGCCUUACCACUGCUCCCAGUGUGGAGAGAGAUUUUCAAGGUCACUAUACCUUAAAACACACGAGAGGACACAUACAGGAGAAAAGCCUUACCACUGCUCCAAUUGUGGAAAGACAUUUUCAACAUCAUCUGACCUAAAAAAGCACCAGAGGACACACACAAGGGAGAAAUCUUACCAUUGCUCUCAAUGUGGAAAUAGUUUCUUACGAUCACAUGACCUAAAAUCGCAUGAGCUGACACACACAGGGGAAAAACCACAUAGUUGCUCCCAGUGUGGAAAGUGUUUUUUGUAUUUAGGGAACCUGAACAAACAUAAGAAAAUACACUCUGGGGAGAAGCCUUACCCCUGUUCCCAUUGUGGAAAAUUCUUUAGGUCGUUAGAUAACAUGAAGGAGCAUGAGAGGACACACACAGGGGAGAAGCUUUACCACUGCGCCCUGUGUGGAAAGAGAUAUUCACGAUCACAUGACCUAAAAUUACAUAAAAGGAAACACGCAGGGGAAGAAAACACACAAUUACACACACAGGGGAAAAACCACACAGUUGGUCCCAGUGAGGAAAGAAUCUAACGCAGUUAGAGAACCUCUUCCCAGUGAGGAAAGAAUCUAACGCAGUUAGAGAACCUCUUCCCAGUGAGGAAAGAAUCUAACGCAGUUAGAGAACCUCUUCCCAGUGAGGAAAGAAUCUAACGCAGUUAGAGAACCUCUUCCCAGUGAGGAAAUACAUUGUCCAAUUACACACACAGGGGGUAAACCACACAGUUGGUCCCAGUGAGGAAGGAAUCUAACGCAGUUGGAGAACCUCUUCCCAGUGAGGAAAUACAUUGUCCAAUUACACACACAGGGGGUAAACCACACAGUUGGUCCCAGUGAGGAAAGAAUCUAACGCAGUUAGAGAACCUCUUCCCAGUGAGGAAAUACAUGGUCCCGGUCACAUGACCUAAAAUCACAUCAAAUCAAACUAUAUUUAUACAGCACCUGUCAGACAUGGAAUGCAACACAAUGGGCUUCACAGGGAACAUUACCUAAAAUCACAUCAAAUCAAACUAUAUUUAUACAGCACCUUUCAGACAUGGAAUGGAACACAAUGGGCUUCACAGGUAAAAAAUAAUGGG